UUGUCAGUUUUAGGCACCUGUCGCUUGGCACGCGUCGCGAACCCCGGGGACCCAAGCCAUUAUUCCCUCCUAGAAGUUAAAAGUUUAUUAAUUGUGUGUGUUCUUUACCUCCUUUCGAUUUCAAAUCAUCUCGUAACAGUGUCACUUUCUUGUCUCACGGAUACCUCGUGUUCGGGAGUGUUACAGUUUGAUCUAACCGGCUGGAUUAUAGCAGUGUUUAUGCAGUGGUGAUGAAUGCGGUCUUGUGAUUCUGGGUGCUGAAAAGGUGGUUUCUCGAAUCUCUUAUCCGUCGUUUGUUUCGGAAUUGGUCGUCUACAACUAAAUCUCUAAAUCAUCUAAAUCUAAAUCUCGUCUCUAAUAAUCUGGAUCAUCGUGUUAAUCCGGAUUAUUGCAGUGUUUGUGCAGUCGUGUGAUGAACGCGUUUUCGUGGUUUUGAGUGGCGAUUCUUAUCAUUCGUUCAUUUGUUUUGAAAUCGGUUGUCUCCUUUUGAAUCUCGCGUUUGAGAAUGUGUUGAUCGUGAUAAUAAUGUUCCAUCAUCCGUAUUAUUCAUACCGACAAACAGUGCGUCUCUGUGAUCGGAUUGUGAGUGUUUUCAGAUUGGAGUCGUGCAAUUGGAUAACUCUUUAAUGGUGCCUUCACAUUUGCAGCCGAUCGAGCACUUCCCGCAGCCCUAACCGGAUAUUGGUUUAUUUGACCAUGCUUCUUGAACGGUGCUUCGUGAGUUUGAGUUCGCAUUCAAAACAGAGGUCGGAAGUCCUCAAGAGGAGUCACUGAGCCGCUCUUACCGCAUUCCCCAGAUUGAAAUAAUCCCGUGUAAGGUGUGCGGCGACAAAAGCAGCGGAGUUCACUAUGGAGUGAUCACUUGCGAAGGCUGCAAGGGUUUUUUUCGGCGGAGCCAAAGCUCCCUCGUCAACUACCAAUGUCCGCGCAACAAGAACUGCGUCGUCGACAGAGUAAAUCGCAACCGAUGUCAGUACUGUCGCCUUCAGAAAUGUCUUCGGCUGGGCAUGUCCAGAGAUGCGGUGAAAUUCGGUCGAAUGUCAAAGAAACAAAGAGAAAAGGUGGAAGAUGAAGUACGGUUUCAUCGGGCUCAGUUGAGCAGGGCGCAAACGGAGACUGCUCCAGAUAGCUCAGUUUUUGAUCAGGCACAGACUCCAUCAUCGUCUGAUCAGCUACAUCAAUACAAUGGAGGAUAUCCUUACAGCACUAGUGAUAUAGGAAACUACACCAACAGCCCAUAUGGAUACUCAACACCGGUUGGAGCACAUGCUUUACAAUAUGAAAUCAACGGCGUUGACAGCUUUGUGGAUAGUACAACAGCCUAUGACCCACGGCCGACAAGUCUGGACUCCCUCACGCCAGACAACGGAAUCAUGGGCAAUGUCGUCACAACGGGUGGUGGAGCGAUUGGUGUGAGUGGUGGUGGGGCCAAGUGCAUAUCCCCGUCGCCGGGGCAGCAGCAAGCGUCGCAGCAAGCUCAGCACACGCAGCAACUCCGGGCCGUCGCGGUUAAAAUCGAAAACGAUCAAAGUACGGAAGAUACUUCUUCCCCCCUCGUGAGCACUUACGUAGACAGCACCACUUCCAAACAACUAGACGAUAUUAGCAUACCUAACCCAGCACAGAUCUCAGAACUUCUAAGUAAGACUAUAGCCGAUGCGCAUGCACGAACGUGUUUGUACACUUUAGAACACAUUCAUGACAUGUUCCGCAAGCAGCAGGAUAUAUCAAAGCUUAUUUACUAUAAGGGAUUGUCUCACGAAGAGCUAUGGCUUGAAUGUGCUCAAAAGUUAACAACUGUUAUACAACAAAUUAUAGAAUUUGCCAAAAUGGUUCCCGGGUUUAUGAAGCUGUCUCAAGACGAUCAAAUCGUUCUGCUCAAAGCAGGAAGUUUUGAGUUGGCUGUGAUAAGGAUGUCGCGGUAUUAUGAUCUAUCGCAAAACUGUGUGCUGUAUGCGGACACUCUUCUACCGCAAGAUGCUUUCUACACACAGGACACUCUAGAAAUGAAACUAGUUAAUUUAGCAUUUGAAGUAGCACGAAGUAUUGCCGAAUUAAAGCUAACAGAGACAGAACUUGCCCUGUAUUCUGCGGUUGUUUUACUAUCACACGAUCGGCCAGGACUAAAAGGGUUAGCUGAAAUCAGUAGGCUGGGUCAAGCUGUAUCGAAAGCUUUAAGACUGGAGCUCGACAGAAACCAUGGACCCAUCAAAGGGGAUGUUACUGUUUACGAUGCCCUGCUCGCCAAAGUCCCCAGUUUAAGAGAACUGAGUAUGCUCCAUAUGGAAGCGUUAGCUAAAUUCAAACGCUCAGCGCCACAUCUCGAGUUUCCUGCCCUGCAUAAAGAGUUGUUCUCGGUUGAUAGCUGAGUACAUUCUUCCUCCUAAAUUGAAGGUAGUUUUCUCGUCGUUAUGGUGCACAUGUCUGGAGCUGCUGGUUUCUACAAGAAACUUGUUUGGCAAGCUACGAAACUUUCACAGUGCAUUCAUGUUUUCAGUACCUAUUCCCUUUGUGUAGGUACCUUAAUUUUCAUGUAUAAAAUAUUUAUUACAAGUAUAAAUAUUUAUGAAAUGAAGUAAGUAAAAAAGUGUAGUUUAACUAAUUUUGAUUUUCUAGUAGAUUAUUGUUAUUGAUUAAAUUUUAUUUAAGAGGAAAAUAUUAAUAAUUAAUAUAUUAUAAUGAUAAUUAAAUAAAGAAGUUUUAAUGAAUGUAAGAAAAAAGAAACAAUCCAAGAAGAGACAAGCAAGUAAAACAAGAAGAGAGAAAAGAAGGAUGAUAAAGGCCGGAGAUUUAAUGGCCCACAAAUUAAACAAGGCCAAAAACACCAAGCUCAUUAUGACGUAAAAAAGAAAUAAUCUUUUAUGUGUAUUCUUGCAAAACUUGUGUUUCUAUGAUAUACCAAGGCAAGGUCUGAAAUCUCUAAAACCAGUUCUAUAUCCUUGAAAUGUCUGACUUUAAAUCCUUGCUAAUGCACUAUAAUGGUUCUUUCCCCCUCCCUUUUCACAAGUUUGGUUGUUUAAUAUUUUUGACCCUCUUUUUAUCUUAUUUCUCAAAGCUCUGCCAUCCAAAAAAGGGACGCGAGUUAAUUAUGGUGUUCCAGUUAAUUUUCAUGCAAGUAGCUAUAAUAUUUAAAAAAUGUAAGAUCAUUUGCAAAGCAAGGAUUUUCAAACGAAUCCUGUUUUAAGAAAACUGAAAAAGUUUUUUUUUGCCGAAGAGAGUGGUUUGUAAUCAGAGGAACUGGAACAUAUUAACUGACUCUUAUAGCUCUUGCUCGAUGUGGUAGUAUUUUUCUCAACCUCAUGGUGUAAUUGCUUUGUUUAAAUCUCUCAGCAAAUUUUUCAGACUUUGGCUCUUCCUCUUUGAAAAGAUACGUUUCAUUCUUGUUCAUACAUUCAUUACUCAACGACUCUGUUUAUCCAUGAAAAUCAGUGACAUUUGCGCAGGAGAUGAGGCACAAUUAUCGUGAAUACCUCUGUUAAAGAGUAAUUAGUACCUACUGAUAUCCUCUAGUUUUCUCUUCAUUUUUGUAACUCACCAGCAAUAUAACACUGCAAAUAUCAUUAAUCGUUUGUGCUGUGAAAAUUAUUGCGAAUCCCAUUUUUGUCCAUCUCAUCAAAUUUAAGUUAUUUUGCAAUCUAAGUAAAUGUGCACAAAUCUGUAUUAUUUAGGUCAAACGGUUGAAAAUUUAUAAAAAUAGAACGUAUAAUUGCAAUGCAUUUUCCUUCAAGUUCACUGCCAUUUAUAGAAUGUAUCCACCAUAGUCCACAAAAUGUCAGUCUUUACUUUCCUUACAUUAAAAUUGUAUCUCGAUAGGUCAGUUUCAAGUUAUUUUUUGUUUGAGUUAUAAGCGGUGGGCUAAAAGCAGACGUCACCGCUGUCCUGUUAAACUGAGAAUGCUAUCACCAUCCCCUUGGUAAUAGAUUUUCAAGCUUCAUCUCCUUAUUCUAGAAACCAUGUUUCUUGAUCUCACUUUUUUUCAUGUGUAAAUAUUUGACAACUUUACAUUGUAUAAUUACAAAUUUUCUCUCCCAUCUCGGUGGAAAUCUUCAUUUUUAAAGUGAAAUCCAGUAAGUCUGCAUAUUUGUAACUUUUAAUAACAUCAUCUCUACCUGUAUCGAUCUAUCCUUCUGACAGGCUAAUUUUCUCUGUUAAGUAUUUUAAGUUAUGGAAAAAAAAAUCACGUUUUCAAAUCUGAGUUUCUUUUUGAAAAAUGAAUCAUCGAACGUACCGUUCUAGAUCUCUCAGCUUGGGAAAGAUUAAAGUCUGCAUUUAGUUUUUAUCGCAAAAAAUUGCUUCUGAGUAAGCAUAGUUCUUGUGACGGAAAAUUUAUUUUUCAGAUAAAGUAUUGAACAUGUAUUUAUUUUCUUUCAACUCACUCUCUUCCAGUAAAAUAGACAAAAAAAAGGCGUUAUUUCAAGUAAAUUACUUCUUUCUGAACUGUCAGCAACAACCGUUUAAAUUCAAGUUUUCAAGAGUAAGAGAAAAUUAAAUAAAUGAUUUCGGUUUCAACCCUAAUCCUCCAGUGGAAAAUUAUGAAAAGUGUUUUCCUCCCUUUCAAAUCCUUUGCUUACAAUUUUUGCGCGUUUUAUUUUCAUUUCAUCAUAAUUUUCUCAGGCUCCUCACUGCCCAGCAAACCACAAAUCCAACUAAUUACAACUUGUUCGAGGAAAUGAGUUUCGUCAAACAAGUGAAUCGUGGUUUUUUAGUGAUGUGAGUGGCAAGACUGCAAAUCUGAGCAAAUAAAUCGGUAACAUCAGAAUUGCCUCUAUUUUUAGGCAAACUCUUGGCGCUUGAUGUUUCACAAAUUUUUCUGAGAGACUGAGUAUUUAUUAGUUCCAUUUGUGUAAUUUUUUUUUAAAACAAAACUGUCUGAAUUUUUUUCUUAGUACGUAGAAUUGAGUGUAUUCUUCAGAAAUUUUUUUAAGCUCUCUUAGAAACACUAGUGCCUGUAAGAUUAAACUACCUUCACAGUUUUAACAGAAAAUUUUAGCUGCUCUUUCUUCUCUUUUACUUACGCGAAUUUCCCCAAGCAUAUGAUUGAAAAUUAUUAUAAGGGAACCCAGGAUAGUAAGUAGCAUAAACUAAGCCAAAGAUUUUCAACCUCCAAAAGCUGCUUUAAAUCGUUAGCAACCUUCCUUUUUCUCCUUGAUGAAAUAGAAAAUCAAAAUUUUUCCUCAAUACUAUGCAGAUUAAUCGAUGUGACUCAAAUGCAUACAUUUGUAUUAUAAAAAAAAUAUGUUAGCUUAUAUUUGAGAAUAUAGUUUCAUUCUACAAGACCCAAACAAAAUUCUUCAACAAAAUUGGAAAUUAUUUAAGAAACAUUAUGCUACAUAUGCAUUAUGAUUGUGUGCAUUUCAUCAACAUUGCUGGCAAUACUUGAUCACCAUCUUCAACGCUUCAUAGUAUCAUUUUAAUAUGAUUGUAUUUAGAACUUCCUCAAUUUUUCCAACUUUUCUUAUUCUGCCUAAAUUUAAACGUUGCACCUGAUUCAUGUGAAUAUAAAAUUUAAUGUGUGAAUGGACUUACUUAAGGAAUGAAGGGUCACAUCGCACCAGAAGCGUGGUGUGUUGUGCGAUGAAUUGUUUGAUCUGUCUUUUAAACCUAUAGAAAAGGAUCGAUUAUCAGGGUGCUCCCUGCGGAUACCUCAUUAUUCGAUUCUUUACCAUAGAUUCAAAUGGGGUCGAUAGCCACUGAUUAAGAAAGAAGAAAUCCAAUGAAAAGUAGACACUGAGGAAAUUUCGUUCGGACAGUGCAGUGAUCAGUCAACCUGCUGGUAAAUAUUCAAUUAAGUUUUGACCGUGACUUAAUUUUGGGGUAGCAAUGGCCUGAACAAUUCAAUUUCAGUGAUAAAAAUAUUUUUUUCUGGGGAAGAAUUUAACAUUUUUUUCCUGGUUUGCUUUUUGCAUUACCUAAAUUAAAUUUUCUAGUUUCAACUAAGAUAAGGUCUUAAAAAGCUUUAAUCACACAUGUCAUCUAUUUUGGCUAUUAUUAGCGUGAAAUUUCAGCUAAGCUCAAGACCCGAAGUCUUUUUGAAAUGAAAGCUCAAAAAAGCAUUUUAUCUGUAAAUAAAAGGGGUAACAAGUGUUCGGAAUCACAAGGAAAUGUACUGCUUUACUAAAUUUGAGGAAGUCUGAAUGCAAUUGUUGGUGGUUUUCAAUUCUUUAGAUAUUUCCAGUUUUUAAGUGACCGGUCUCUUUCUCUCAUAAGUAUACAGAAUGUAUGUAGCUUUGAUAAAAACUGUUUAAUUUUAACUAUAAAAUAGAUUAAUCGAUAGUUUGUUAAUUCAUAUGCAAAUCUUCUUUUUCUCUUCUUUUUUUUUAAUGAAAGAAAACGAAAAUUUAAAAAGAUAAAAAAAAGAAAAAUUUGUAUAUAUAUUUUUAUUAUUUGAAAUGAUGUUAAUGAUUUUAUAUUGUUUGUUUAAAAACCUCUGUUAUUAGAUCAAAUCGUUUGAUAAUGAUUAUUUUGUAAUCCAAUGUGUUGUAAUUUUCUUUUUCCUUUUUUUUCAAAUUAAAAUUUGAAGCUCUGUUUUUUUCUCUUUGUACUCAGUUAACGGGAAAGAAAAAAAAAAGUUUUUUUUUGGAUUUUGUUGAUAAAUACAAUUUUCUGAACAAACCCAUCUCCAUUUUGUUUUUGUUCGGUGCAAGAGUGUAUCAGAGUCUCAUGUAGUGAUGGAUGAAUUCACUUUUUUUUACUCCUCUAUAUUUCUGGAAUCAACAAAACUCUAGAGUCAGUACCUGAUUAACCUUUACUGUUAUGUAUUUUAAAUUUUAUCUCUUUAUCGUUUGAAAAAAAACGAAUCCCUAGCACCUCUCCUGCUGGGUUUUGAAGGAUUGGUGGGAAGAGCUUGGACAAUUCGGCAACUCUACUCCAUAAAAAAAUCGUUCUUUUUGUAAAAAGUUACAGCUGUAAAAGUUACAGUUAAAAUAUAUCUACAGUAUAUAUAUUAUUGUAUACAAUUAAAAAAAAUAAAAGAUCAGUCUUCUUCUCCCUAUUUUUUAACGUGAAGUUGGUAUUUAACUGCCCGUUAUUCUCUCUUUUAAUUUUACAGUUUAAAAAUAAGCAAGUUUACCUUUUUCAACUGGAGUAGAGCAUAGUGACAGGUGUCGAUAAUACAUUUUGCAAUGAAUGAAAGUUUUUUGCUGGUUUCCUUGCAAUUCAUGUCAUUCAUGAAAUGAAAUCAAGUGAGUAACCAAUGAUUUCGAAAAUUCACCACGUCUAGUUUUUCCAACAUUGUAGGAGGGCAAAGAAUCGUUUAAAACUGUACAGCUUGAUGUAAUUUCAAACCAGCAGCUCUACUAUAUUUUCUUGGUGAUAGUGAGAAACACCAAAGCAAAAUCAAAUAUUCCAAUCUGUUCCAGAAUGAGGAAAAUUCGGCAAUAAAUGGUAAUGGUAAACUCCCAAAAAUGCGCGUUUUCUGUUGCCGAAUAAAAUUUUCUUGAGAAAGUAACAAAUCAGCAAAAAACGUUUUAAUAAUAAUCAAUACCUUUAUUCUGUUCUGGUGGACCAUUAAAGAAGGAUAAUUUUUGAGCCUUAUCAGUAAAGUUCGAUCUUCUUGAGAUCAUGUUUUUUAAACUGGCAGCGGUAAACUUGGCAUAAUACUCUUACUUUUUGCGUGAUAGUAAUGUAGAGAUUGCUUAAAUGUGCUCCAAGUUCAAAGAACAUAGUCUUUAUCAAAAGUGGGAUUAUAAAUGCAAAACAAAUCUUAAGCAUUCAAUUUUCUUUGUCCCCUCUACUAAUCAGGAGUAGAUUGGUACCAAUAAGUAAAAUUUUUAACAAGGUCAUAAAUGCAAAGGUGGAAUAUCAUCUGUUCAAUUACUUACAGCUAAAUUAUUUUUUCCAAAACUUCGUAAAAGUACAGUGGUCCGUCAGACCGAGUCUGUAAAGAUGAAAGAAUCAGGUAUCUUAGCCUUGAUAAAACUUAUUGCUUAGUACUUAAUCAUAAGUUUAUGCUUCAGGGUCGCAAGCCAUUUCCGAUCAUAUUAUUUCGUGCACCUAGCUCUUCUCCCCAAAAAUUCAAACGGUGAAUUGUUUUUUACCGCAACUUAGUCCAAUCUGGGAAGAAAUGAAAUACUUUAAAAAUAUCUUGACGCAAAACUAAAUUUCUGUAUCACUAUAGCCUAUGAUGAUAUAUAUCCUGAUCUCUCGGUAUUUUCUUGUUUCGCAAUUUGAUUAUUUAGCUUUGGCUGAAACAAUGUUGCUAUUGAAUCGAGGUCAUAUCUUCAGAACCCCUUUUAUCAUUUCCUCCUCAGAAUUUCCAUUAACUAUAUUAUACAUCCUCAAGUAAGUGUUUAAACCUCAUAAUCACAUAGUAUAUUUCAGUCUUGUCAUUGUUUUCCAUAAUAGAACGGUACCUCAUUAUCAGUAUUUUUAAAGUAUUGAAUUUUUUUUUCAACGCAUGGGCUUAGCUUGAUAUCAUUUUAUGAUUUGCUUUUCUCAGCAAUCAUAAAACACACUACGGUCAUCGAAACAUGAGGCAAAAAUUAUCUCAUGUUUAAUGUGUUCUCUCUAGCUAAAUUUUUCACAUUUCAGCACAUUAAACAUAAUAACUGUGUCUAAUAGUAAUUUUAUGCGUGUUCAACCAUUUGUACUGAAUUUGAAACCAAAAUUCUGAAACUUGUCAAGAAAAAUUGUAGAUGGUGAAGUACUUUUAGCUUUUUAAUAAAUUGGUCUAUCUAUAGCCA